AUGCCCACUGGCAAGAUGGAGGGCAUCACUACAUACAGCUGCAAACGGUGUCAUCGAAGAGAACCCACUCUGUCUGCCCUUUUUCGGCACUUUAACGCAUGUCAUGGGAGCGAGAGCAACUGGACCUGCAGUUUGGAGGGCUGCUCUAAGAGCUACAAGGUCUACAGGUCAUAUCGCAUGCAUGAACACUGCAUUUUCAGAAAUGCAAAAGAUCAAAAUCUGUUCAUUCUUCAAUUGUACUUUGACGAAUUUGAAGUCUGCAACCCUUUGGGUAGCAAACGUGGAAAGCAUAAGGUUUUAGGAGGAUAUUUCACCAUAUUAAAUGAACUUCCUAAAACCCGUUCAAAACUUGCUGACAAGUAUUUAGUCCUCCUUGUCAAGAAGAGACUGUGUGGCUGA